UUCACCCAAAACGCCCCGCCUUCCCCUCCCCAACCCCCGAAAUGCCCCGGAAGUGCCUCUAAAAUUGGAAGUAGCCUUUGACAUGAGGAGGCGGGGCUGCGCGUGCGCAACAAGUUCGGCGGGGGAAGAUGGCGGAUGACAAGGAUUCUCUGCCCAAGCUUAAGGACCUGACAUUUCUCAAGAACCAGCUGGAGCGCCUACAGCAGCGUGUGGAAGAUGAAGUCAACAGUGGUGUAGGUCAGGAUGGUUCACUCUUGUCCUCCCCAUUCUUCAAGGGAUUCCUGGCAGGAUACGUGGUGGCCAAACUGAGGGCAUCGGCAGUAUUGGGCUUCGCAGUGGGCACUUGCACUGGCAUCUAUGCGGCUCAGGCAUACGCUGUGCCCAACGUGGAGAAGACUCUGAAGAACUACUUUAGGUCACUACGAAAGGGGCCCGACUAGAGCCUUUGGGGAAAGCACGAUGAGCGUGCUGGGCCUGCAGGUAGAGGCCUUCCGAUCGCAGACACUCUAUCUGGCUUCCCCCGCUAUUGCUCGUGUGCUAACUCCGCCCAUUCUGCCUCUCUCAUCCUUGCCUUUCUUCCUGCAGAGAGUGGACAGUGCUUUGUCGGCCUGCACCCACCUAGACUCCUUCCCUCCCUAGUUCCAUGGGACUGACCCCAGAACUACGGGUUCAUGAGCCCCCUCUUCAAGACCUAACUGGAACGUGCCGCUGUCUCUGAUCCUCAGUAUUCUCUCUGGUGACGUACCACAGUUCCAUACUCAGUUUCCUACAAAUGUGUCCCAGCCCUUCUUUCCCUUGCUAGCUACCCAAGCCACCCCAGGGUCUGGUGUGGGCCAUGAGUGUAGAAGAUGGGGGUGUGCCAGGCCUAGCUCGCCCGAGACAGGCUCGCUGGACCCUGUUGCUGUUCCUGUCCACUGCCAUGUAUGGUGCCCACGCGCCAUUCUUAGCACUGUGCCAUGUGGAUGGCCGAGUGCCCUUCCGGCCCUCCUCAGCUGUGUUACUCACUGAGCUGACCAAGCUCCUGUUGUGCGCCUUCUCCCUCCUGGUAGGCUGGCAGACAUGGCCCCAGGGCAAGCCACCCUGGCGCCAGGCUGCACCCUUUGCACUGUCAGCCCUGCUCUAUGGCGCCAACAACAACCUGGUGAUUUAUCUGCAGCGCUACAUGGACCCCAGCACCUAUCAGGUGCUGAGCAAUCUCAAGAUUGGAAGCACAGCUCUGCUGUACUGCCUCUGCCUUGGACAUCGUCUCUCUGCACGGCAGGGGUUGGCACUGCUGCUGCUGAUGGCUGCAGGAGCCUGCUAUGCAUCAGGUGGCUUUCAGGAACCUGUGAACAACCUUCCUGGGCCCCCAUCAGCAGCCGGAGCCCGUCCCAUGCCCUUGCAUAUCACUCCGCUGGGACUUCUGCUCCUCCUCCUAUACUGCCUCAUCUCCGGCUUGUCCUCCGUGUACACAGAGCUGAUCAUGAAGCGGCAGCGGUUGCCCUUGGCUCUUCAGAACCUCUUCCUCUACACUUUUGGGGUGAUCCUGAACCUUGGACUGUAUGCUGGCAGUGGCCCAGGUCCAGGCUUCCUGGAGGGUUUCUCUGGAUGGGCAGUGCUUGUGGUGCUGAACCAGGCUGUCAAUGGGCUGCUCAUGUCAGCCGUCAUGAAGCAUGGCAGCAGCAUCACGCGCCUCUUCAUCGUGUCCUGCUCACUCGUGGUCAAUGCUGUGCUGUCAGCAGUGCUGCUACAGCUGCAGCUCACAGCCAUCUUCUUCCUGGCCGCAGUGCUCAUUGGUCUGGCUGUAUGUUUGUACUAUGGUAGCCCCUAGGUCCUUGACCACCUCCACUCACUUGUGACUGUGUAAAUUGGAUGCAACCACCAGAGUCACCUCCCAUCCCCCCUGCAAUCCCCAGCAGCCCUGUAACAAGUGCCUUGAAAGGAAGGCUAAGGUGUCCAGGUUAGCCUCUGCAUGUUCAGGUGGGAGAGUUACCUCUAGGAGGCAUAAAGAGUGAGCUUGGUUAAGGAACACC